AUGAUCUGUAUGACGAAAGAAGAGCACACGUAUCUUUCCUUCAUGCAUUCUCUUCUUCGCGAGGUACCAGGUUUCAGCCAUUAUCUACAUGACUAUGGAACCGACAACGAAGCAGCGCUUGUCAAUGCACUAACGGCCGCUUUCCAGAACGCCCACGGUCUGUUGAACUACAUAAAUAUAAAGAAGAAUAUUUCGUGUAAACUCCAGAAGCUUGA